AUCAAAUGUUCUCUGUAUCUGUGAGCCUGUUUCUGUUCUGCUUGUUUUUGAGAUUCAGUUGUUGAUAGGUACAUUAAUGACCAGCCCGGGCCUGCGGGGCCGCCAUGGCAGGCUUCCUGGAUAACGUCCGCUGGCCGGAGUGGGAGUGCAUCGACUGGAGCGAGCGGAGGAAUGCCGUGGCCUCUGUGGUCGCAGGCGUCUUGUUCUCCGCAGGCUGGUGGGUGAUGAUCGACGCGGCCGUGGUGUACGCGAAGCCCGAGCAGCUGAACCCCGCCUUCCACACCUGCGGGGUGUUCUCCACGCUGGCCUUCUUCAUGAUAAACGCGGUGUCCAAUGCCCAGGUGAGAGGUGACAGCUACGAGAGCGGCUGUUUGGGGAGAACAGGUGCUCGCGUCUGGCUCUUCAUCGGCUUCAUGUUGAUGUUCGGGUCACUCAUUGCUUCCAUGUGGAUUCUCUUUGGUGCCUAUGUGACCCAGAAUACUGACGUUUACCCAGGGCUGGCGGUGUUCUUCCAGAACGCACUGAUAUUCUUAAGCACGCUCAUCUACAAGUUUGGGAGAACUGAGGAGCUGUGGACCUGAGAUCACUCUGGAACCUCAUUUCCUCUGCCAUAUCAUAUUUGUAGAUAUGUUUUUAUUAUCUUUCAAUGUAGUUUUCACAUCGUCAAAUAGAAUAGAUUGCACAUUAAAUGUGUUGCUUUACACUCUUUUGCUCUGAGUUUUGAAAUAGUUUUAUGAGUUUUCUGUUUGUUUAAUGGCUAGAUUGUUGAUAUGUAUAUAAGAGUAUGCAGACAGAUGGUGAGCAUCCGCCUUUCAUUCCUGCUUAGGCUUGGUCUGCGUCCUGAGUCAGGUGUGUCAGCAUACGAUUUAGAGUUAACUGCUUUGCUUCAAAGUCCCCAAGAUGUACAAGAAAGUACAACUCCGUGUAGCUGAAAUAAGUGCCAAGCCAUUCAAAGGGUGUUUCAACAAAUUGUUAUUUUGUCUUAAAAGUGAGGUUUUUUUUAAGGGAAAUGUUUGUUCUUGUGUAUUAAAGAAGUGGAUUUUUAUAUGAAGCAUUUUUAAAUGCCCGAAGGACUAGUUUGAAAGCCUAUUUUGGAAAUGAUCCUUGACUCUGAUUGAGGAGGGGAUCCCCGAUGUGCUGAGCUCGCUUUCGUGUGGUUCCGUGAAGACUGGAGGGUGCGGGCGGCUCAGCAGCAGGCGUCCUGCACCGCGAGGGUCGGCAGCGAGCAAGUCUGAGGAGCUGCGCUCAAAAGCAUGACCCGCAGGCCAAGCGUGGACUCCUUUCAGGACAAAGUCCCUCCUCCCCAGGGGAAUGCUUGCGGCCCGGUGAGAAGUUAGGCUCUUGUCUCGGCUCCAGCUCUGGGCAUGCGCUUCCCGCAGGUGCCUCUGUCCUGAGACGCCAUGGCCCUGCCAGACAGCCGCCCGCGAAGCUGGGAGCACCGCCCUGGUGUUCCUGCCGGAGCCCGGGGUCCCGGGCCCUGACCGCUGCGGCGGCCUCCUGGCCCUGCGGGUCUGUGUCACACUUUUGCCUCCGGGGAAUGUCACAGCCUUCCACAGACGGACACUGUGGGUGAGCCGCCUGCAGGCCUCGGCGCCCCUCUCCCCGGGACCACGUGCGCGGGGAGAUGCUGGCGCUGAGCCGGCUCCCUGUGUCCUGCGGCCGCCUUCCCUGGUGGUUGCUCUCACCAUGUCAGUGCAUUUGUCCUGCUGCCAACAUUGUCAGGCUAAUUACUUGUUCCCCUCUGUGUCGCCUGUUGCAAUAAUUGCUCCUCACACCUCCUAAUGUUAUUAAAUCUUGGAGAAAACAGCCAUAAAAA